UCCCCGGUCUUUUGGAUAGUUAUACGGCGUGUACAGUACGUGUUGUCAUUCAUUCAGUAAGCUGCCAAUAUCAUUUAGAAUUUACUCUACGUUUUGAGAUUCUACAUGAACCUCGGUGACCGAGCAGUUAUUUAAUUUGAAUACCGUGUAUUCAUUUGUCUUGUUACGCUCAAAAUGUACCAACAUCAAAAAUCCAUUCAAAGGUUAUGGAUUUUCGCAUUUUAUUUAAUUUUUACAUUGAGCUAUUGUAUAGCUCUUGACCCUCCAAACCACAAUUUAACACGCAAUAAAGCACAUAUUUUACCACCAUGUCAAGCCUGCAGGUCUUUGGUAGAUUCCUUCAGAAAGGGAAUGGACAGAACAUCCAGGGGAAAGUUUGAAGGUGGUGAUGCUGACUGGGAGGAGAAAAAGCUGAGAAGCUAUGCCAAUAGUGAAGUCCGACUAGUCGAAAUUCAGGAGAAAUUAUGCACAGACGUUUCUAAGGGAGAAGAUCAAUGUCAUAACUUGGCUGAAGCUCAUGAAUCUACAAUAGAGGAAUGGUUUCUUAACCACCAGAAAUUGCAUCCAGAUCUUCAUGACUGGCUUUGCAUACAAAAGCUUAAAGUCUGUUGUCCAGACCAUCAUUUUGGUCCAGAAUGCAAACCCUGCCCAGGCUCAUCCCCUGAAAUGGAAUGUAACUCAAAUGGAAAAUGCAAGGGCUCAGGAACCAGAAAAGGCAAUGGCAAAUGUAUCUGUGAUAAAGCAUAUACCGGUGAGCUUUGUCAACAGUGCGCUAGUGGAUUUUACGAUUCUUAUAGAGAUGACAAAAAGGUAUUAUGCUCUGCAUGUCAUCGCUCCUGUAAAGAUGCGUGCACCCAGUCUGGGCCGAAGGGUUGCCUGGCCUGUAACGAUGGAUGGUUUAUGGAUACCGAAUUAGGCUGCAGUGACAUUGAUGAAUGCUUGACUAAUAAAACAGCUUGCAAAGAAAACAGCUUUUGUGUCAACAGCCCGGGAUCGCAUACUUGCAUAAAUUGUGAUAAAGCAUGUAAAGGUUGUACCGCCGAUGGCCCCGACAAUUGUAUCGAAUGUGCCGAAAAUUACGAGCUCAAAGAAGGCGUCUGCAGAGGGCCUAAAAGUUGGACGCAGAGUUGGCAGGGAUCCAGCCUUCGUUACUUAACAUAUUUGGGGAUGUGCUUGUCGACCUGCAUCAUUCUCCAGAGCAGUACUACUUUGGCUGCUCUGGUCGGCGUUUGUGUCGCUGCCUAUAUAUCUCUUUCGGAAUACUCAAUUCAAAACGAAGACCCAAACACUGGAAAUCCUCUUAAUGGCGCUCAGAUCGUUAAAUAGCAAGUUACUUAUUUGUGUUUUUGGUUUUUUUUAUCUAGACUCUGCCGUGUCAGAAGCUAAGCAAAACACUGAACUAUGACGCUUCUCACCAAAGAGAGGCGUAGCAUGAAUUGUUCUAUCAUUGUGCUAUUGAACGGAUAGUGGAAUUAAUAUAAUUUGUACAUGUCAUCAUUU